CUCUCCCAAUACAUUUAGAAUGAGCAUAAAAUAUAAGAGGAUUUUGGCCAUUUGGAGGCCACUAUCCCCUGCAGAUAGCAUUGAGCCACUGUAAGGGCUUUCAGACCAGGGUAACAAUACAGGAUUGAUCUAUUUAACCUGGUAGUUUGUGCAAUCUAUUGGCUCAUCGGCCACCCCACAAAAUAUUUUCUAGCUCCGCCCCUGGUCAGGCGAUACGCGGUCACCAUGGAGACGAGGUGGUAUUGGAGGGAGGGUGUCGGUGGAGAAGCUGGCGGCAGGGCUCAGGCGCCGAGGGCGGCCAUGGCAGCGGCGCGGCGACACAAGCGUAUGCUGUUGAGUUUUGGAGGCGCGCUGGCGGCGUGCUGCGCGCUGGCAACCGCGGUUUCCGCUGGACUUCCUCGCUGGGUGGACGGGUCCGUCCUGUGCAGAACCGGAGCAGAACUCGUUAAUGCUACUGGGAGCGAGCUCAAUAAGUUCGUCGGGCGUCUCGCCUACGGACUCUUCCACGGGGAGAGAGUCAAGACCUGUGGCUUGGGCGGCAGGACCUCACGAUUCUCAAUCUUUUCAGAGUUGUUGGACGCCAUCCCAGCAGGUCUCCACGUGACCAUCAUCAUCUUCUGCGGCGCGUUGAUUGUCUUCUCGUCUGUGUCCAGUGGCUUCUUCUUCUUCAACGCCUUUGGACGUCCUUACGAGACGCUGCACGGUCCUCUGGGACUUUACUUGUGGACGUCCAUCUGCUGUGCGUGCAGCUUCCUCGUUGUGGUUCUGUUCGCGUCUGAAGUGAGGAUCGAGCGUCUGUCCGAGCGCAUCGCCAACUUCGAGGAAGUGACUUUUGUGUUCCAGACGCACGGCGAAAGCUUUGACAUCUGCUUCUGGAUCCUCCUUCUUGUCUUCUUCCUGCAUGCUUUCAACGCGCUGAUGAUCCCACUGGCAGGGAUGAACUUCCCCAUGUUGCGGCGUAAAGACUUGGACCCAAGCGGCGGCGCUGCCGACCUUAUGUAUUGAAUCAAAAUGUAUUUCUUAACACGUCACAGCUAGAUAGCUACUUAGCAUCAUCAUCAGUGUUUGAAAUCAGUGUUCCCGAUUGAAAGGUAGUGAAUGUUCCGUUUUCUCCAUUUUGCAUGUACUUUUAAAAUUCUCUUGUGACAAGAAAAAACACUACAAAGGUUGCCUAACAUCGGAGCAAACAUUCAUGACAUUUUUGCUACUUUUGCCAAGUCUAAUUGUUUGCUCCUCAGUCGGAUAGGGGCUUGUUUCUGGACAUGUUUUUUGGCAUAAUGUAGCAUUUUCAUUAUAUAUUUGUACAUUUGACUGUACUGUUCAAUAAAUGGCUGAAAAUGAAGCGGUGACGUUC